CGCGGGUAACCCGGACUUCCCGUUCUGGCGCUGCGGCAGCUGAGGAUCUGAGUGGGCUCCGCCCCGUCCCGGCCCCGCCCCUCUGGGCCUCCCGCCGCAAUCUUGGCGGGAAGGCGCCGGCCACUGAGAAGCCGAAAGAUGUCCAGGUCGGGCGCGGCGGCUGAGAAGGCAGACUCCAGACAGCGACCCCAGAUGAAGGUAAAUGAAUAUAAAGAAAAUCAAAACAUCGCUUAUGUGUCUCUGAGACCAGUACAGACUACAGUUUUAAUAAAAACAGCUAAGGUCUAUCUUGCCCCCUUUUCACUCAGUAAUUACCAGCUAGACCAGCUUAUGUGCCCCAAAUCCCUAUUAGAAAAGAAUUCUAACAAUGAAGUUGCGUGUAAGAAGACUAAAAUAAAGAAAACUUGCAGAAGGAUUAUACCUCCAAAGAUGAAAACCACGUCUUCUAAGUCUGAAUCCACGCGGCAAUAUUCAUCCUCAGCUGUUCAUACUGAAAGUAACAAGCUACAACCCAAGAGAACGGCAGAUGCGAUGAAUCUCAGUGUUGAUGUGGAAAGUAGUCAGGAUGGAGACAGUGAUGAAGAUAUCACACCAGGCCUGGAUGAUUUUUCGGGAUUGUCACCCUACGAAAGGAAGAGACUGAAGAACAUAUCAGAAAAUGCAGACUUUUUUGCUUCUCUUCAGUUGUCUGAGUCUGCUGCAAGACUCCGUGAAAUCAUAAAGAAGAGACAGCCUCCUAAAUCCAAGAGAAAGAAGCCUAAGAGAGAAAAUGAGGUUGGAUGUAGAAGGUCAAUGCGAUUACUAAAAGUUGAUCCUUUGGGAGUUUCAUUACCAGCAACUCCAACACCACCAACGUUAGUAGCAGAUGAAACUCCUUUGUUACCUCCUGGGCCUUUAGAAAUGACUUCUGAAAAUCAAGAAGACAAUGAACGAUUUAAAGGAUUUCUGCACACAUGGGCAGGAAUGAACAAGCCAAGUAGUAAGAACACUGAGAAAGGAUUAUCUAGCAUUAAAAGCUACAGAGCCAAUUUAAAUGGCAUGGUCAUUAGUGAAGAUACUGUUUACAAAGUUACCACAGGCCCAAUAUUCUCUAUGGCUCUCCACCCUUCAGAGACUAGAACUUUGGUAGCAGUUGGGGCCAAAUUUGGGCAACUUGGACUUUGUGAUUUGACCCAGCAACCUAAAGAAGAUGGAGUUUAUGUUUUUCAUCCCCAUAGUCAACCAGUUAGCUGUCUUUACUUCUCACCCGCCAAUCCGGCCCACAUACUGUCACUGAGCUAUGAUGGCACGUUACGCUGUGGGGAUUUUUCCAGGGCUAUUUUUGAAGAGGUGUAUAGAAAUGAAAGAAGUAGCUUUUCCUCCUUCGACUUCUUGUCAGAAGAUGCCUCCACUUUGAUAGUAGGACACUGGGAUGGAAAUAUGUCACUGGUGGAUAGACGGACACCUGGAACUUCUUAUGAGAAACUUACCAGUUCUUCUAUGGGAAAAAUAAGAACUGUUCAUGUCCACCCAGUGCAUAGACAGUAUUUUAUCACUGCCGGAUUGAGGGAUACUCAUAUUUAUGAUGCAAGGCAACUGAAGUCCAGGGGAAGUCAGCCUUUGAUUUCUUUGACUGAACAUACAAAGAGCAUUGCUUCUGCCUAUUUUUCACCUGUUACUGGUAACAGAGUGGUGACCACAUGUGCCGAUUGUAAUCUGAGAAUUUUUGACAGCAGCUGUGUAUCUUAUAAGAUUCCUCUCCUCACCACCAUCAGGCACAACACUUUCACUGGGCGAUGGCUGACCAGGUUCCAAGCCAUGUGGGAUCCUAAACAAGAAGACUGUGUCAUAGUUGGCAGUAUGGCCCAUCCACGACGGGUAGAAAUCUUCCAUGAGACAGGAAAGAGGGUGCAUUCGUUUGGCGGAGAAUGCCUUGUCUCUGUAUGUUCCAUCAAUGCCAUGCACCCAACUCGGUAUAUUUUGGCUGGAGGUAAUUCCAGCGGGAAGAUACAUGUUUUUAUGAAUGAAAAAAGCUGCUGAGUUUUUGGUUUAAGAACAUCAAUUUGUUCAAAUAGACCACUGUCCAACGAACCUAGUUAAUUGGCGUGCUUUAGUGUGUUUACUUGGUAAUGUGUUACAUUUAGCAAAUAUUAACAUUAUUUUAUUAAUAAGACUAUAAGAAGAGUAAUUUUAGUAAGGGAGAAGUCUUGGAGGGUUGCUUCUGCAGGAUGGGGAGGGAAUUUGAGGGGAGGCUCAGGUGCCUUCAGGACUUUUUAAAAAUUUUUUUGAGACAGAAUUUUGCUCUUGUUGCCCAGGCUGGAGUGCAAUGGUGUGAUCUUGGCUCACUGCAACCUCCGCCUCCCAGGUUCAAGCGAUUCUCCUGCCUCAGCCUCCCAAGUAGCUGGGAUUACAGGCACCUGCCACCAUGCCUGUCUUAUUUUUUGUGGUUUUAGUAGACAUGGGGUUUCAUCAUGUUGGCCAGGCUGGUCUCAAACUCCUGACCUCAGGUGAUCUGCCUGCCUCGGCCUCCCAGAGUGCUGGGAUUACAGGCAUGAGCCACUGCACCUGGCUAUGAGCACUUUUAAUUGAGACAGUAUGCUGAGAAAUUCUAAUAUUAUAAAGCUUUGACUAUUAAAGUUUUUGUGAUCUAAUGAUAUGGUUUUGAUUCUAUAGUGAUUUGUGGUUUAUUUUAUAGUUUGGAAUGAAUACUUAUCUCUAGGCUCACACAUUGGAAGGGGAUCCGGAAAGGUAAUCUAACUCAGUGAUUUGAAACUUGAUUUUUUUAACUGAGAACUUUUUUUGCCCCCUGCCUGUAGGUUAAAUCUUAUGUGAAAUGCCAAGAUAAUUGCCAAGCAGCUUUGGUUUACCCAGGGCAGUGUCGGGGUCUGUCUGUGUUUUCCUUUCCCCUUCCUCUAGAUGACUCCUGAGACACAGGCAGGACUCCCAAGCACAGGGUUUGAAUCUGCCCCGGUCCCGGCAUUCCAGGAUAAGAUUGCCUCAGACCUAUGUUUUUCAGACUGGGGGUUUUUGCUCUUCACAUGAAAUCAGUUAAAUGACAAAUGACUGGUGUUGAAAAAAAUGAAAAGGAAAGAAUUUGUAAAGAACAGAAAACAUAUUUGAGUAAGUAUUGUUUGGUAAAACUUAGUUACAUAUGCAUAUAUAUUGGUAGGUAUAUAUGUUUAUGUAUAUUUUGAUGUAAAUAAAUAUAUAUAUAUAUAUUUAUCACUGUAGUACCAUGGGUAAUGGAUAAAGAAGUGAAAGCUACUGCUUAGAAUGAAGAAUGCCCCAGUCUUACCUGUCCCGAUCUUUAAACUGUCCAAAGGAAAUUCAGUAGCUUGUUAAGUGAAUACCUUCAUUCUUACUCAUAUUUAGGUGAAAUAUUAUGAAAUACCACUUUUGGUAUUUUAUCAAAAAUUUUUCUUUUCAGAAGUUAUGGUAAUUUCAAUGUGUUUGUUGUUGGGAGGGGAGCUGCCAAAUCAGUUAUUCAUAUUACUGUGUGACAUCUAUCCAACUUUUUUCGUUAUUCUUCAUUGCCAAAUACUGAAAGACUUGUAAACAGCUUUGGCAAUAUGUUUGAAUUCUAAGAGGAAAUAUUUUCGCAUAAUUCUAUAUCAGAGAAAUAUAGUGAUAUAUAAUUUCCUUGAAAACAAAUUUCUAAAUAAUUUUCUUCUCUGUAAUCUAAGUGUAAAAAGGUUUAGUUUUUCAAUAGGUUUAGGUGUUUAUGAACAAUAGUUCUCUAUUUUCUAGUUGAUAUAAGUAGAGGAAUUGACAAGUGAGAUGGAAAUGUUAAUUUAUAAAGGGAAAGUAAAGCUAAGUGAGGUUGAGUUAUAAUUAAACUGUUCAGGAAACAUCGUAAAGGCUUUAGGCUCCCUUUUUCAUUUCUACACCAAUUAAUCUCAUGGGUUCUAGAGUGGUUAGUUCUAUGGGAAUUGUUUUUGUUUUUAAAGAUGCUGAAAACUACUCUCAAUCAAAUUAGUACCAUCAUUUAAGCUUUGAAUACUUGGCGGUAGUGGCCUGGCCUCUUCAAUAAAUGUUAGCAAAUUCUUCAUGUUC